AUGUGGUCCCGGAACAACGCCGCCGCCGUCGCCUUCAGCUUCCUCUUCGUGGGAGCCAACAUGAGCCUCUUCAUCUCGCGCGCCUACCAGUACAGCGACACCAACCUGCUCGAGAUGGGCGCCAGGAAUAACGGUUGCCUUUCGAUGAGCUGGGGUUUGUUUGGAACAUAUGAAAGGCAGCAGCAGUUCACUUUGUUCUGUCGAUAUCUUGACAUUGGGAAUCAAACGCAAUGGGCAAAGGACCUUCGUCUGCCUGGGUUUAUGUUGUCGCAGUCGCUAGCUUUGCAUAAAUUCCGGUUGGUCACAAAGAUAGUCCGCCGGUCCGUGACGCGCCUGCGCAACUCGUGCCUCGGCCGCUUCUUUCCCUGCGACCAGCACGUCCACUUCCACAAGAUGGCUGGCUGGACCGUCUUCUUCUUCUCCAUCCUUCACACUCUCUUCCAUCUCGCCAACUUCGUGACACUGAGCGACACGACGGGCAUCAGUGUCUGGAACUACAUGUGGGACACCGGUCUUGGCAUCGGCUGGGUGGGCGGCCUCGCGAACCCAACGGGCGUUGCACUCCUGGUCUUGCUAUUCAUCAUCGUUGCCUUCAGCCAUCGUAUAGUCAGGAAAUCAGGUUAUUUUGAGAUCUUUUAUUGGACACACUUGCUGUCGCUGCCCUUCUGGGUGUUAACCGUGCUGCAUGGACCAAAUUUCUGGAAGUGGCUCUUGCUGCCCGGAACAGCUUUCCUCAUGGAAACCUGCCUGCGUGUGGCCCAGGUGUGCUCUCCGCGGGGCCAGACCGCCAUAAUCUCCGGCAACACUCUGCCUUCAAAGGUCGUGAGGCUGGCGAUCCGCAGGCCGAGGGACUUCGAGUUCCAACCCGGCGAGUAUGUGUACCUGCGAGUGCCGGCCAUCGCCCGCUACGAGUGGCAUCCGUUCACCAUCUCUUCGGCGCCAGAGCAGGAAGACGUAUUCACGGUACACAUCCGGUCGGUGGGCGAGUGGACGCGACGUCUGUUCGACAUGUUCCACACGGAACCUGCGGCCCCGGUUUCACAGUUGGAAAACGAGGCCGAGAUCAAAGACAAGGCGAAGUCCUCCUCGGAAGGUAUUCCGAACCCUGCCUUUAUACCCAGCCAAGACGAGGAGCACAAGCAGGACACCGUAAUUGAGGUGGAAGGGAAGGGGUCAGGCCGCUACAUCAACAACCUCCUGGAGUUCAACAGGAAGAUGAGUGUGUUUGGGCGGCCGGCCAUGCUGUCCGUGGAGGCAACAGAGAGGAAACCCGCCGUGGGCGGCUGCGAGGAAACGCACUGCCCUCCGUCCACCGCCGACGCCAACUACAGACUCGAGCGUAAGAAGUCCUCGAGUCUUUCGAGCCUCAGUACUCUGAAGGCCGAACUUGCGUGGCCACUGCAGGGCCUGCAGUUUGACUCCAAGCACUCGUCGCUCGGCGCCAGCAACUCCAGCCUGAGUUCCUUGCGCGAGAGCCAGCAGAGCGGCGCAGACACGAUAACCUCUUCGCCAUCUCAGAAGGUGCAGAUUACACCGGUGAAGACCAAAAAGGCUGUUGAGGUGUACGUGGACGGCCCCUACGGGACGCCCUCCACGAGGAUCUUCUCCGUGAGCCACGCCGUGCUCAUCGGGGCGGGCAUCGGGGUUACGCCCUUCGCCUCCAUUCUACAAAGUGUCAUGAUGAGAUAUCGAGCAGCAAAGGCACCGUGUCCACACUGCCAUGUGCAUAGCUGUGUGGCGUUGCCAGCCACUCUCAGGAAGUUGCGUAAGGUGGAUUUCAUGUGGGUAAAUCGCGACCUGGGCAGCUUCGAAUGGUUCCUAGAAGUCCUGGCGGCAUUAGAGGAGGAACAGCGCGUGGUGGGCGCCGCAAUGGAGGCCUUCCUAAGCCUACACUUGUACAAGACCGGCCCUGCUCCCCUCAGUCCAAACCUCCCUCUCUCCUCCUCCAUCCGGCAUGGCAGACCUGACUGGGACAAGGUGUUCCAGGGUAUACGAGAGUCUCGGAUUGGGAAGGUGUGCGUGUUCUACUGUGGUCCUCCGGCACUGGUGGGCGUCCUGAGGGAGAAGUGCAUUCAGUAUAAGUUUGAAUUCAAGCGCGAAAUGUUCUGAAAGACUCGUUUGUCUGACAGUGGCAAUGCGUUUGCAGCGUGAUAUGUGAUUAUCUAUGGACAGGUGUUGUGACUGCCUGCAAUGAUAAAUAAAAUUACCUAGUAGGUGUGUGAUAAACGUGUUGCCUGAAUGGCCGUAAUCCUCCACCAUUCGAAGGAGUGUGACAUAGGACUGGAACUCCGGAAACGGACGGAAACACGAAAAAUAACUUGUAGAAAAGUGUGAAAGUCGAGUUGAGUUUCAAGUUUCAAAUCUCAACCGGACUGCAUGAUCUUCGUAUGGUGUGGUGCAGCGCUACAGUGUCUUUCACGUUUUUGUUUCAGUCAUCAGCAAUUAUAUACGGACAAUACAUAUAUUUCUUUUUGAAACCACUCUCUUGGACCCUGGAAGGAAUUACAGAAGAAACUUGCAUGGCUUCAGCUUGACGUGGUGCAAAUUACCAUUACUGCGAUAAAGCACGAGAAGAGGAACAGAGAGAAUGGAGAAACACUUACCGGGAUGGAUGGAUUGUAAGUCAACUAGAAGCUGUGAUACCUUGUGUUGUAUAAAGUUUAGAUAAUAGGACCACCAGACAGUGCGUCGUAUACGUGGAUAUUUCUCGUAGUCUAAGAUCUAUGCAUAUUCUCAUUAUCAUUACCAAGACUGUUCUGCCUAAGCCAGACUGCUCUACUGACAGUUCUCAUUAUAACUGUUAUAAAUCACAUGUGUGUAUUGUAUGAAUCAUUUCACAUCUGUUUCGAGGAUCAUACCUUGCGAUCCGAAAAUUUUCUGUCUCCUAUGAUCGCUCGUCUUUCGUGUCCGAAUAGCGUGUUUCUGUACGAAAAUAUCUAAAUAUGUGUAUAUUUCUUAUAAUAAGACGUGACAUAUAUUGCCAGAGAUCAUAUCAUGUGAAUAUACAUAUUUUCAUAUAAAAUAGGUCGACAUCUUCAAUGCAUAAGCACAUUUGCAAUUCGUAGCCCUGCCUGCCCCGUCAAGUUAUCUGUCAGAGCAGGGAUGCAGGGCAGCAACAGUUUCAUCCUUGUUUUUCAUUCCUGAUUGUUGUGUAUUGGGAUCUCCGUGAGGAGCGCGGCUCUGAAGACAGUGUUGGAAGGGAAAUUUUGGUUAAGGUGGGGUUUGAAGCAGAAAACUAAACGCUAAGGAAGUAUCAAAGUGGAACAUGACUGAUGGAAUCCGAUCCUUUAAAGAAAUCGUAGGCUCUACGUUCUUUAUCUUUCUUCGCUAGUUAAGGUAUGGCUUAAUUUUGUGUAUCGU